AUGCCUAAACGCCGUCUUUCCUUGCACUCCAUUUUCUCCCCAGAAGGAUCCGCGAGCGCAUCCAAACAUCCGAAAAGCUCCCCUUAUUCACACAACACACAACAUGACGCUGCUUCCGUCAACAGUCUUGUGGAUUCCGAUACAGAAUCCUUUCUCCUCGAUGAAGACCCAUUUGCUGAUUUGUCGGCUGGUCCAGAAUUACAACCAUUAUCCAAUGCUCCUGAGUCGACCUCAGCUUCCACAAUCAAACAACGCGCAACAGGUUCGCAUCCUUCUUUGAGCACACUGGUAAGGAAAAACAUCGCUGCCCCGCAUAUACCCCAUGGCCACGUUGGCGCCAACCUUCCAGCAGAACCGUGGGAUAUUGCUCCAGCACCAGAACGCCCGCUCACUAUACGCUCUAUAUCUGCUCCAACAUCAUCUUUACAAUCAAGACCGGAAAUUCUGCAGUCUCGAUCCCUACCGAAACUUUUUGGUGACCAGGAGAUCUGUUAUGACAGGUCUCGACCAUCGAAACCCUUACCUAUCCAAACUCGACGCUUUCCUUCACCUCGAUACGAAUACCAGCAUCCAAUGCAGUCAAUGUCUGCAGACCCCGUUAUGCCACUUGUUCCCCCAACUAUCAACCCCUUUCCUAUCCUUCCUGAGGUCGUCCCCUCUGAACCACUCUCUCUCCUCCUUUCUCAAACACUGCCAGUAAACUCUGACCAAAGCGAGGGCGAGGACGAGCUUGAGUUGCAUCGUCUUGGCAUUGGAUUCGAGUGCCGUCAGACAUUCGAGCCUGCGCUUGCGCGCAAUGCAUCAAAAAAACUGAAGCUGUCUCCGAUUGUACUUCCUUGCCAUAAACGAGGGCAUAGAAGGACAAACGCUUUCCCACAACUUGACAUCUCUUUGCCGUCAGUGCAUCCUGAUGUCGAAACCUCACCCGGCUCAACGACUUGUUUCGAUCAAGAGUGGCCGACGGCAUCGUUGAUGUGCGAUACAUCCACAACAUGCUCUCCCCCAAGUUCGUGGUCCGGCCACGAGAACGACUCUUCCAUCUCUGACGAUGUGCAUCUUCCGUCGAUCACAAAGUCACGCUCCGAUUGUGGACAUGACUUUACCGGCUCCCCUCGUCGCAUCGUCAGUCGCAAGCCGUCUUACGAACUCGGGAAGGCGCCCGCACGUCAACGCAGCAGAUUGAGAGAUCUGGUAUGGCGUCGUAAGACUCCGAACGGCGAACCCCAGGUCCCACUUGUUCGUCGACUCUUCUCGGGACCUACUUAG